UUGCCAACCUAUCAUCACCUUAAAAACCAAUGGAAUUUUCUAGAAAUCAAACAAACGGCGAGCCCUAACUGCUUCUUCUGCAUCUGCUCUCUGUUAACGUCGCCGGCCGGUGCUCCUCCGUGAUCGGGUCUAUAUUGUUUAGCAACCUUAAGAAUGUCUAAUAGAGAAGAUUCAGACAUUGAUGAUGAUUUUGCUGAUCUCUACAAGGAAUACACCGGUCCGGUAAAAUCUACUACCACUAGUGUUCCUGAAACCACAAAAACGAGCAAAAGGUCUCGUGCUGAUUCAGAUGAAGAAGAACAAGAAACCCUAGACCCUAAUGCGGUCCCCACUGAUUUUACCAGCCGUGAAGCGAAGGUUUGGGAGGCAAAAUCUAAAGCUACUGAAAGAAACUGGAAAAAAAGAACGGAAGAAGAAAUGAUUUGUAAAAUAUGUGGAGAUUCCAGUCAUUUUACACAGGGUUGUCCAUCUACUCUUGGGGCUAGUCGCAAGUCACAAGAUUUAUUUGAACGGGUUCCCGCAAGAGAUCCUCAAGUAAAAGCGCUUUUCACCGAUAGGGUGGUUAAAAACAUUGAGAAGGAUAUCGGGUGCAAAAUCAAAAUCGAGGAAAAAUUUAUAAUCGUUAGUGCCAAAGAAGGACAUAUUUUAUCAAAGGGUGUGGAUGCUGUUCACAAAAUUAAGAACGAGGGUGUCAAAACGGGUGAAUCCAAUUCAAACAUGGUUGAAUCUGAUUCCAGGUCACCGAAAGGUAGAAUUUCUGUUGCCCCUAAAGUAGGACCCGCUGAUUCUCCGAGGUCUAACCCUAGUCCAAGAAAUGUAUCAAAUUACGACCAGAGGUCUGGCAGACAUGAUAAAGUGAUUAAAGAACAUGUGCGUGAGGAAUUUCAGAAGUACCCAAGGGGAUCCCCACAAGCUAGAGCUUAUCGGAAUGAUGGCAUUCAGAUCCGAUCAACACAUUCAAAAUCUCCCGCUCGCCGUCCACCGUACUCUGGUGGCUCAUAUGACUUGAAAGAUAAUCACAAAUGCGGGCCCGGGCUCAAUUUGCAGCCUACUCAUAAGGAAGGCCGUUCUAUGUUUUCACUGGCAUUGGAGGAAUUAGAGUUGGAGUAUACGAGGGAUGCAAUGGAUAUUGCAAAAUUUAGAGAUAAGGAAGAAGAUGAAGAGAAUUAUAGGCAUCGUAAGGCGAUUGAAGAAAUCAGGGGAAUUUACAUGAAAAAGUUGGCUACAAUAAGAGACAUGCAUGCAAAACAAUGGGAAGAAUUUCUUCGAUUUGAAACACAUAAAAGACAACAAGAAACUCGUCAAGAAAUGCCUAAUGUAGGGUUUGGUGGUUAUAGAAAUAAUAAUCAUUAUGAUUAUGGUGAUGCUGCUGCUGCUGGCAAUCCUUAUAUUAACAAUAUGCAAAUGGAAUCAAGAUCAAGGCAUCCAGAAAUUGACAACUAUCCUUCUUUGAGGCCCGGUAACAAUUAUAAUGAUUUUCAACGUCAAAGGCAUGAGGAUUACGGGGAAGCAUAUAAUCGUUAUUAAGUUGUUUGUAUCAGGGACCGGCAUUCAUGUUGGGAAGGUAUUCAUAGCCGUAUGAUAACCAUGUUCUUGUUUAGUUUUGGAUCUGUUGCUACUAUAUUGUUCCUUGUAUUUAAGGAAAUCAUGGUUAUUGAGAUGAACAUGACUUCUCUUUGCUUAGUCUUUUAGGCUUUUAGAUCUGGAAUUAUAAGUAGUUGGUGGAUUUUAUUUCGCACUUCUGAGCAUUUGGUUUGUGGUAUCCCCUUAACUAGAAUUUGAUAUAUGAUCCUUCUUAUGGAAGUAUAAUUUGGAUUGAGGGUAUGAAACUAAAGGGGUGUUUGGUUCGAUGAAAUCAACGAAUUUAAAUA